CGAGUUGCCUCGGUCAAUUAGCUAAACCAACAAUGCGGAAACAGGAAGAGCGUAAGAGGAAGCCGACGGAACUCAAAUGCUCGCCGGCGAAGUUACUCAAAAGUGGCACCGUAAACAAUCUCACCGUCAACGACCCCUACCCCAAACACCCUCGCCCCUCAUCCGAAGAAUGCCGAUCCGUUCGAGACGACCUCUUAGCCUUCCAUGGGUUCCCACAACAGUUCGUCAAAUACCGUGAACAAAGGUUGAAGCUUCUUCCCAACGAGGAUGAAUAUGGAUCCACGAGGUCACCGCAGGCGGAACCCGUGGUUUCUUCGAAGGAAAGUGUUUUGGACGGGCUAGUGAGCAUUAUAUUGUCACAAAAUACUACUGAUGCGAACUCUCAAAGGGCCUUUUCUUCACUCAAAUCUGCUUUCCCAACAUGGGAGGAUGUUCUUGCUGCUGAUUCAAAGUGUAUUGAGAAUGCUAUAAGAUGUGGAGGAUUAGCCCCAACAAAAGCUUCUUGUAUUAAGAAUAUGCUGAAUUGCUUGCAUGAGAAGAGAGGGAAACUAUGCUUGGAAUACCUGCACGACUUAUCAAUUGAUGAAAUAAAGACAGAACUUUCUCAAUUCAAAGGGAUUGGACCUAAAACGGUGGCAUGUGUAUUGAUGUUUAAUCUUCAGCAAGACGAUUUCCCUGUAGAUACACAUAUCUUUCAGAUUGCAAAGGCAAUUGGUUGGGUGCCCUUAGAUGCAGACACUAAAAGGACAUAUCUUCAUCUGAAUACAAGAAUACCAAAUGAACUGAAAUUUGACCUAAAUUGUCUCUUGUUCACACAUGGUAAAGCCUGCAAAGCAUGCACAAGGAAAGAAGGCCAAACCUUAAUCCUAGGAUGUGUACUAUAUUUCCCAUCUCAAAUAAUGGAAUCACUUGGGGAUAGAAAGCUAAAACUCUUUGGGUUUCUAAUCGAUCCAUGUGCCAAAAAUUAUGAAGAUAGAAGCAUAAAUGUAUCCAAAGAGGAAGAAAGGUCAAAAAUCCCUUCAAAUCCCAAGAAGUACAAAUGCCCAUUUUGUUUUAAGAAGUUUAUGAAUUCACAAGCUAUGGGAGGUCAUCAAAAUGCCCAUAAGAAAGAGAGAAUGAAGAAGAAAAAGAUGGAGCUUCAAGCUAAUAGAGCUAAAUUCAAUCUUUACUUUGGGGCUCUUUUGAGUGAUAUCCAUGAUCCUACUCUAUCCUUCAAUGGGAUUUCCUCUGAUUUUACCUUUUACUCCUUGGACAACUAUCAAAAUGUGAACUUUAGCAAUACCCAUAUUGUCAAUUUGCCUUUCCUUUCUUCUUGCUCUAAGUUUGAACAAGAUGGGUUUACUUUAGGGAUAGGAAAUAAUGGCACAUGUUAG